AGGUUAAGCACUUCGUAAGUCUUAUGUUAGAAGAUGUCUUAGGCAGUCACGGUGUCGCAGUCACGGUGUCGUAGUCAGAGCUGAAGCCUCGGCAGGAAUAGUGAACCCGCCUAAAAUAGUACAUACCGUCAGUAGCUGCAUGUAAUAGUAUUGUACCUUCCCUUUGCCCUAGAACUGCCCGCGCUAUUAUCAAAUGGCGUCACUGUAGUAGCUUUCUUGUACGACGUUAGUAUGUACCUACUUGAUGAGUAAUUGAAUCGCGGUAGGACUAUUCCCCCGAAUUGCCUUCCAAAAUACUCCGAAGUAGCAGCACCUGAUACCUAUAUCGGGUAGGUACCUAGGUAGUGGGCUGCGUUCCCUUAUUAAAGCCACUGGCGCACGUCUCUUCCAACAUCAUUUACCACAAACCAACAUCUUCAAUCCUUCGAGCGAUCAUGACGUCGACAGCUGCAGUUAUCGGUAGCACAGGCCUUGUAGGCUCUCACAUAUUAACCACUCUCCUCAGCCUUGAUGCCUUCAAGUCCGUUUAUACCGUCUCUCGACGACACCCGAAAGCAGAGUCGCCCAAAUUAGUCGCCGCCGUUGAGGCCGACACUACCAAAUGGGCAUCCAAUAUUUCGUCCAUUGCGCCCCCGCCGUCUGUAGUUUUCUCCGCCUUGGGAACGACCAGAGCUCAAGCUGGCGGCAUUGCAAACCAAUGGAAAAUAGACCAUGAUCUUAACAUCGAGCUCGCCAAAGCCGCGCACUCCGCCGGAGUCAAAACGUUCAUCUUCAUCUCGUCAGCCGGUACGCGCGGUUUCCUUGGCGGCUCCGCUCCCUACUCCAAGAUGAAAGUCGGCGUCGAGGACUCGAUCAAGUCUCUCGCAUUCGACCAAGCGAUCAUCCUACGACCGGGCCUAAUUCUCGGGCAGCGCGAGGUCGAGCACACGGGUGGACCAUUACUCAACACCGUCGUUCGCGGCUUAGGAAAGAUCACUCAAGGCGCGCAAGACUUCUGGGGUCAGGAUGCGGAGGUCAUCGGACGUGCUGCUGUUCGCGCUUCCGUACUGGCCGCCGAGGGCAAGGCGCCGAGCAAAUAUUGGAUUCUGGAGUCAUCUGAUAUCCUCAAGCUCGGACGAGACGAGUGGAAGGCUUAAGAGGGGUGCAUAGGAUGAUUGUACCUUUUGUUU